AUGCCAAAGUAUACAUCUGUGAGCCGAACUGAUGAAAUCCCCAUGAAGACCGAAAAUGGACCCCGACCCAACAAAUACCGCUACGUACGUAAAGAAGGCAGCUCUAACAUCAUGUUCCGCCAUGUUCCCGAGGAGAGGCUGCUGUUUGUGACCGACAUCUUUACCACCUUGGUGGAGAUCAGAUGGAGGGUGAUGUUUCUGAUCUUUGCUCUCUCUUACAUUCUGUCCUGGCUCUUUUUUGGAAUCCUCUUCUGGGUCAUCGCUCUCGCUAAUGGAGACAUCAAGGAUCCCAACACUGAUCCCUGCGUGUUUGAAGUCCGCAGCUUCACAGCCGCUUUCCUCUUCUCGCUCGAAACUCAGACCACCAUUGGUUACGGAUUCAGAGGAAUGUCUGAGAACUGCAUGCAUGCCAUCAUCAUCGUCACCAUACAAGACGUCAUGAGCUGCUUCAUUGAUACGUUCGUCAUUGGAAUUGCUGUUGCCAAAAUGGCCUCGGCCAGAAAGAGGGCGCAGACGGUGGGCUUCAGCAACCGUGCUGUCAUCAACCUUCGUAAUGGUUACAUUUAUCUUUCCUGGAGAGUUGGGGACUUCCGCAGGUACCACUUGGUGGAGGGGACAGCUACCGCCCAGAUAGUCCGCAGUAUGAUGCACGCCACUGGGAGAGUUGAUGUGACUUAUGAAGACUUGGUCAUCCAGCAGAAGGACAUCAUCCUCGCCACACCAACCACCAUCUAUCACAAGAUUGAACCUGGCAGCCCGCUGUACACCAUGACUUAUGCUGAUCUGCAGAGAGCAGACUUUGAACUGGUUGUGUCAUUUACCUACACAGAUGACUCCACAGGUAUUCUGCAUCAGACACGAACCUCUUACACUCCAAAUGAGAUCCUCUGGGGUCAGCUGUUCCAGGAGAUGAUCAGAGUCGGCAGGAAGAGCUACAGGGUGGAUUAUAACUUGUUCCAUCGCACUGAAAAGAUACACGUCCCCCUGGUUAGCGCUAAGGAGUUCGAAGAGAAGAAGCAACUGCAGCUCACACGACACUCACCUCGACAUUCACCCAGAUCUUCCCCACAGCUCCCUUCACGAUCACCAUCUCAAGAUCACCAUGAUAAAUAUUUGAACCCCCCGAUGGUAAAGGUGGAACUUGUGAGUGACAGCCAACCUAUACCAAGUGUUGCACCAUCUCAAUCAGACAAUAGUCAGGAUCAAGAAACUCUGGCUCAGCCAAAUAAUCUGACAAGUGAAGAAAAUUGA